CCAGGGCCCGGCUGGACGCUCCCCGCGGGUGGCUCGGCAGGUGUGGGACGCGUGGGAGCUGGGCGCGCACGGCUACCGCGCGUGGAGGAGGCACGGCCCUGCGGCGAUGGGGGCCAGGGGCGCUCCUUCACGCCGGAGACCCGCGGGCCGGCGCCUGCGCUACCUGCCCGCCGGGAGCUUCCCCUUUCUGCUGCUGCUGCUGCUACUCUGCAUCCAGCUCGGGGGAGGCCAGAAGAAAAAAGAGAAUCUUUUGGCUGAAAAAGUAGAACAGCUGAUGGAAUGGAGUUCCAGGCGCUCAAUCUUCCGAAUGAAUGGUGAUAAAUUCCGAAAAUUUAUAAAGGCACCACCUCGGAACUAUUCCAUGAUUGUUAUGUUCACUGCUCUUCAGCCUCAGCGGCAGUGUUCUGUUUGCAGGCAAGCUAAUGAAGAAUAUCAAAUACUGGCUAACUCCUGGCGCUAUUCGUCUGCUUUUUGUAACAAACUGUUUUUCAGUAUGGUGGACUAUGAUGAGGGAACAGAUGUUUUUCAGCAGCUCAAUAUGAACUCUGCUCCUACAUUCAUGCAUUUUCCACCGAAAGGGAGACCCAAGAGAGCUGAUACUUUUGACCUUCAAAGGAUUGGAUUUGCGGCUGAACAGCUAGCAAAAUGGAUUGCAGACAGAACGGAUGUUCAUAUUCGGGUUUUCAGACCCCCCAACUAUUCUGGCACCAUUGCUUUGGCCUUGUUAGUGUCACUUGUUGGUGGUUUGCUCUACUUAAGAAGGAACAACUUGGAAUUCAUCUACAACAAGACUGGUUGGGCCAUGGUAUCUCUGUGUAUUGUCUUUGCUAUGACAUCUGGCCAGAUGUGGAAUCAUAUCCGUGGACCUCCAUAUGCUCACAAGAACCCACACAAUGGACAAGUGAGCUACAUUCAUGGGAGCAGCCAGGCUCAGUUCGUGGCAGAAUCACACAUUAUACUGGUCCUGAAUGCAGCUAUCACCAUGGGGAUGGUUCUUCUAAAUGAAGCUGCAACUUCCAAAGGUGAUGUUGGAAAAAGACGGAUAAUUUGCCUAGUGGGAUUAGGCCUGGUGGUCUUCUUCUUCAGUUUCCUACUUUCAAUAUUUCGCUCCAAGUACCAUGGCUAUCCUUAUAGUGAUCUGGACUUUGAGUGAGAAGAUGUGAUUUGGACCAUGGCACUUAAAAACUCUGUAACUUCAGCUUUUUAAUUAAAUGAAGCCAAGUGGGAUUUGCAUAAAGUGAAUAUUUACCAUGAAGAUACUGUUCCUGACAUACCAUUUUGAAUUCUUGGUUCUUUUUGGGUUUUUUGGGUUUUUUUGUUCCUUGUGAUAAGCUAGUUUAUUCUUGUAUACAUUUUUUAAACUGUGGGUUUUCUUAGUCAGUUUAAUUUAUAGAAAUGGAUAGUAACAUUCAGUAAUCUGCGAAGGAAACAUCAAAAUGUUUUUUCAAGCAUACUAUAUUCAGUGUAUGCCAUAGGAUUGGAAUAAAUGAUAAUGUAACUGUGAAUUCAUGUUUAGAAUUGUUCACUCAUUAGUAAAGGAGACCACAAUGUUAGUAAAGGAAACCUAUGGAAUGUAUGUUAAAGAAUAAUUAGUAUUGUACAGGGGUAAGGCGUAUGCAUGAAAAUAUGUCAUGUAUGGGAAAUUAUACUUACUGCAGUUCAGUUAUAAAGGACAUGUACUGUUACAAAUAGCGUUUUGUUCUUAUUGAUCCUAACUAGAUCAAGUUGUGUAGGACAAAUUGCUGGAUGAAUGAUGCCUGUGAUGUGGGUACCUCACCUAGAAAAAGAAAAAGUCUUCCUGGGUCCAGUGUGAGGCAGAUGCGCACUUACCCAACAUGCCUUCACAGCGUUAGACAGUGGAAGCCGCACACGACAGCUGUGGGUCAGGACUGUCAUGAUUGGAGGUGUCAUCUCAGUCUGUAGACUCCGAACAGCAAACCUAACACGCUGUGGCUAUUUUCCUUUAUUUCUGGAAA